GUCGACAGCCUGGCACGACCAUUUAGGUCCAAGUAUUGGGAUGAGGUGGUGGGUUUUGGGGAUAGUGUAUAGGUGCAGGGUUAGAUGGUAGAGAAAUUAAAGAUUUCCCGAUUCCCCAGUGACCAAAAUGUGCAAUCCGCACUCCGACCUGCGAAAGGCAGCAAUACGCAACACAGCGUCUAGUCUCCCGGAAAUUUACACGAAGAAGAAGACUCUGCAAUGGAGGUCCCAGGACCAGAUAGCGACUGGAGAAGCCCUGCAUUCCGACAGAAAGUUGUUGCACAAAUUGAAGAGGCGAUGAGAAAGGCUGGGACUGCACACACGAAGUCCAGCAAUGAUAUGGAGAACCAUGUCUAUGUCAAAGCCAAAUCUAGAGAAGAAUACUUGUCCCUGGUAGCAAGGUUGAUCAUUCAUUUCAGAGACAUUCAUAAAAAGGCGCAAGGAGGUGGUCCUGAUCCCAUGAAUGCCCUGACAAAUCUCCCAGGUGUUCCAGGGGUUCCAGGGGGCAUCGGUAUGGGGCCUCGGCCACCUGGUGCGCCCAUGGGUGGAAUGGGGCAGAUGCAAAUGAGUCAGCAUGCCAUGGCAGGAGUGGCUGGAAAUCCUCAAUCGAUAGGAGGUCCAGGGCAGAUGCAGAUGCAGCAGAUUGCCCAGCAGCAGGCCCAGCAGCAGGCCCAGCAACAGUCCAUCCAGUUCCAGCAGUUCCAGGCACAGCAGCAACAGACAGCCAUGCAACAACAGCAACAGACGGCCAUGCAGCAGCAGCAGCAGCAGCAGCAGCAGACAGCAAUGCAACAACAGACAGCCAUACAACAGCAGCAGUUUCAGGUCCAGCAGCAGAUGAAGCUGCAACAAUUACAGCAGCAACACCAUCAGAACCAACAGCUCCAACAGCAGCACCAAAACCAGCAGCAGCAGCAGUCCCAAAACCAGCAACAACAGAACCAGAUGCACCCAUCAAGGCACCAGCAACAGCAGAUUCAGUUACAACUCCAACAGCAGCAUGCACAGUCCAUCCAGCACAUGGUCCAGCAACAACAGCAGCAACAGGUUCAGUCUCAGCCCCAGCCGACCCAGCUGCCCCCCCACUCCCAGCAGCAGCAGGGCAUGGUGCCCCAGUCUCUGGCUGGGCAGAUGGCCCCCACACAGCAUGUGCCCAUCAGCUCACUCAGUCAGCAGCAGCAGCAACAGCAGCAGCAGCAACAGCAGCAGCUCAAGAUCCAAGCCUUGCAGGCUAGAGCAUUGCAGCAGCAGCAGCAACAGCAGCAGCAGGCCCAGCAGGCAGCGCAGCAAGCCCAACAGGCGGCGGCUCAGGCCCAGCUAGCGGCAGCUGUACCUGGCCAGAUGAUGAUGCCCCGCCUUGGGAUGCAAAUUCCGCCCCGGUUGCCCCGCGCUGCCUCGAACCCCGCCAUACCUCCAAACUCUGCUGCCGUGGGAGGACAGCAGUUACCACAGGUGCAGCAGCACCAGAUGAUGUCAUCGCCCUCGCCGGUACAGGUGCAGACACCCCAGUCCAUGCCCCCCCCUCCCCAGCCACAGCCAUCGCCACAGCCCCCAUCCUCCCAGCCAAACUCAGUCAGCAGUUCUGGUCCCACACCGUCGCCGGGGGGCUUCCAGCCUAGCCCGUCCCCCCAGCCCUCACAUAGCCCAGCCACCGCACGCACCCCGCAGAACUAUGGUGUCCCCUCCCCAGGACCUCUCAACACUCCAGGGAACCCCAGUUCAGUGAUAAGUCCAGUCGGUGCCUCUCAACUGGAGGACCAACAGUACAUGGAGAAACUCAAACAGCUUUCCAAAUACAUCGAGCCGCUGCGCAGGAUGAUCAACAAGAUAGACAAAAACGAAGAUAGGAAAAAGGACCUGAGUAAGAUGAAGAGCCUGCUGAACAUUCUCACUGACCCCAGCACAAGGUGUCCUCUCAGGACCUUACAGAAGUGUGAGAUAGCACUGGAGAAACUGAAAAAUGAUAUGGCUGUGCCGACACCACCCCCUCCACCUGUGCCCUGCACCAAGCAGCAGUACCUGUGCCAGCCCCUCUUGGAUGCCGUCAUGGCAAACAUCCGCUCUCCUGUUUUCAACCAUUCCCUGUACCGUACCUUUGCCCCAGCCAUGACAGCCAUCCACGGGCCUCCAAUCACAGGCCCCACCAUCGUGGCCCGGAAGAGGAAACACGAGGAGGAUGACCGCCAGACCAUCCCCAACAUCCUGCAGGGGGAGGUGGCCCGCCUCAACGCCAAGUUCCUGGUUAACCUGGACCCCUCAUUCUGCAGUAACAACGGCACGGUACAUCUAAUCUGUAAACUAGACGACAAGAACCUGCCAAGUGUGCCACCUCUCCAGCUCAGCAUCCCUGCAGACUACCCAGACCAAAGCCCUCAGUGGGCAGACGAUGGGCAAGUGUAUGGUGCCAACCCCUUCCUAAAGAACGUUCACAGAAACAUGACCUCCAAACUCCUACAGCUCCCAGACAAGCACUCUGUGACUGCACUGCUCAAUACUUGGGCCCAGAGUGUCAGACAAGCCUGUCUUUCUGCAGCGUAGACAAGAGGCUCACCUCUUCAUCAAACCUCUGCUGGAGACAACAUAACUUAUCACAGACUGUGCAAACUGAAAAGGGUGGGCUACCUCACCCUGGAACGCCAGCUCUCCCCUACCACCACUAGGGUGUGCUGUUGAGGCUUCAACACAAAAUGGUAUUAUGAGAAAGUCCAUUUGGGGUGUGUUCUGUAAAGAAUUCUAGGGUGAGAAUAUGUAUAACCAAUAACUAAACACUUUUCUGUGUAAAGCUUUGAAGUGUGUAUAUGUGCUCGUAAGGGAAUUUGUCUUUUUGUUAUCAAGAAUAAAUACUUUUUUGCUCACCUGUUUUCAUU